GCGGCGGCGAAGCAGCCGCGGCGCCGAGCAGCCGACGCGCGCUAGUGGGGCCGCCCGCCGCCGCCCCUUCCCCGCGCCGGGCUUCGCCCCUGCGGCCCCCGGUGCGAGCCCGCGUCCCGGUCCCGGCCCUGGCCCUGGGCGCGCCAGCCCUCAGACGCCCGCGCUCUGGGCUGACCGUGUUCCUCAUCCUUCUCCUCCUCCCGCGGUUUCCAGCGCCGGUCCUUCCCCCGGCUGGGAAGGGAGGCGAGAUUGAUCUUCGAUCGCGAAGAUGGCUGCUGGCUGCCUGCUGGCCUUGACUCUGACACUUUUCCAAUCUUUGCUGAUCGGCCCCUCGUCUGAGGAGCCGUUCCCUUCGGCCGUCACCAUCAAGUCAUGGGUGGAUAAGAUGCAGGAAGACCUUGUCACCCUGGCGAAAACUGCAAGUGGAGUCAAUCAGCUUGUUGAUAUUUAUGAGAAGUACCAAGAUUUGUAUACUGUGGAACCAAAUAAUGCACGCCAGCUGGUGGAAAUUGCAGCCAGGGAUAUUGAGAAACUUCUGAGCAACAGAUCCAAAGCCCUGGUGCGCCUGGCUUUGGAAGCUGAGAAAGUUCAAGCAGCCCACCAGUGGAGGGAGGAUUUUGCAAGCAAUGAAGUUGUCUACUACAAUGCAAAGGAUGAUCUCGAUCCGGAAAAGAACGAUAGUGAGCCAGGCAGCCAGAGGAUAAAACCUGUUUUUAUCGAUGAUGCUAAUUUUGGGCGACAAAUAUCCUAUCAGCAUGCAGCAGUCCAUAUUCCCACUGACAUCUAUGAGGGCUCAACAAUUGUGUUAAAUGAACUCAACUGGACGAGUGCCUUAGAUGAAGUUUUCAAGAAAAAUCGGGAGGAAGAUCCUUCAUUGUUGUGGCAGGUGUUUGGCAGUGCCACAGGCCUGGCCCGAUAUUAUCCGGCUUCUCCAUGGGUUGAUAACAGUAGAACUCCAAACAAGAUUGACCUUUAUGAUGUACGCAGGAGACCAUGGUACAUCCAAGGAGCUGCAUCUCCUAAAGACAUGCUUAUUCUGGUUGACGUAAGUGGGAGUGUUAGUGGAUUGACACUUAAGCUGAUCCGAACAUCUGUCUCUGAAAUGUUGGAAACUCUCUCAGAUGAUGAUUUUGUGAACGUAGCUUCCUUCAACAGCAAUGCCCAGGAUGUAAGCUGUUUUCAGCACCUCGUCCAAGCAAAUGUAAGAAAUAAGAAAGUGCUGAAAGAUGCAGUGAAUAAUAUCACAGCGAAAGGAAUCACAGAUUAUAAGAAGGGCUUUAGUUUUGCUUUUGAACAGCUGCUUAAUUAUAAUGUGUCUAGAGCCAACUGCAAUAAGAUUAUCAUGUUGUUCACGGACGGAGGAGAAGAGAGAGCUCAGGAGAUAUUUACCAAAUACAACAAAGACAAAAAAGUACGUGUAUUCACAUUUUCAGUUGGUCAACAUAAUUAUGACAGAGGACCUAUUCAGUGGAUGGCCUGUGAAAAUAAAGGUUAUUAUUAUGAAAUUCCUUCCAUUGGAGCAAUAAGAAUCAAUACUCAGGAAUAUUUGGAUGUUCUGGGAAGACCAAUGGUUUUAGCAGGAGACAAAGCUAAGCAAGUCCAGUGGACAAAUGUAUACCUGGAUGCCCUGGAACUGGGACUUGUCAUUACUGGAACUCUUCCGGUCUUCAACAUAACCGGCCAAAAUGAAAAUAAGACAAACUUAAAGAACCAGCUGAUUCUUGGUGUGAUGGGAGUUGAUGUGUCUUUGGAAGAUAUUAAAAGACUGACACCACGUUUUACACUGUGCCCCAAUGGCUAUUAUUUUGCAAUUGAUCCUAAUGGUUAUGUUUUAUUACAUCCAAAUCUUCAGCCAAAGCCUAUUGGUGUAGGUAUACCAACAAUUAAUUUAAGAAAAAGGAGACCCAAUGUUCAGAACCCCAAAUCUCAGGAGCCAGUAACUUUGGAUUUCCUUGAUGCAGAAUUAGAGAAUGAUAUUAAAGUGGAGAUUCGAAAUAAAAUGAUAGAUGGAGAAAGUGGAGAAAAAACAUUCAGAACCCUGGUUAAAUCUCAAGAUGAGAGAUAUAUAGACAAAGGAAACAGGACGUAUACAUGGACUCCUGUCAAUGGCACAGAUUACAGUUUGGCCUUGGUAUUACCAACCUACAGUUUUUACUAUAUAAAAGCCAAAAUAGAAGAGACAAUAACUCAGGCCAGAUCAAAAAAAGGCAGAAUGAAGGAUUCAGAAACACUGAAGCCGGAUAAUUUUGAAGAAUCUGGCUAUACGUUCAUAGCACCAAGAGACUACUGCAAUGAUCUUAAAAUAUCAGAUAAUAACACCGAAUUUCUUUUACAUUUUAAUGAGCUUAUUGAUAGAAAAACUCCGAACAACCCAUCAUGCAAUACGGACUUGAUUAAUCGAGUCUUGCUGGAUGCCGGCUUUACAAAUGAACUUGUCCAAAAUUACUGGAGUAAGCAGAAAAACAUCAAGGGAGUGAAAGCACGGUUUGUUGUGACUGAUGGCGGGAUUACCAGAGUUUAUCCCAAAGAGGCUGGAGAAAAUUGGCAAGAAAACCCAGAAACAUAUGAGGACAGCUUUUAUAAAAGAAGUCUUGAUAACGAUAACUAUGUUUUCACUGCUCCAUACUUUAACAAAAGCGGACCUGGUGCUUAUGAAUCAGGCAUUAUGGUAAGCAAAGCUGUAGAAAUAUACAUCCAAGGAAAACUUCUUAAACCUGCAGUUGUUGGAAUUAAAAUUGAUGUAAAUUCCUGGAUAGAGAAUUUCACCAAAACAUCAAUCAGGGAUCCGUGUGCUGGUCCAGUUUGUGACUGUAAAAGAAACAGUGAUGUAAUGGAUUGUGUGAUUCUAGAUGACGGUGGGUUUCUUUUGAUGGCAAAUCAUGAUGAUUACACUAACCAGAUUGGAAGAUUUUUUGGAGAGAUUGAUCCAAGUUUGAUGAGACACCUGGUUAAUAUAUCAGUUUAUGCUUAUAAUAAAUCUUAUGACUAUCAGUCAGUGUGUGAGCCUGGAGCUGCACCAAAACAAGGAGCAGGGCAUCACUCAGCAUAUGUGCCAUCAAUAGCAGACAUAUUACACAUUGGCUGGUGGGCCACUGCUGCUGCCUGGUCUAUUCUACAGCAGUUUCUCUUGAGUUUGACCUUUCCACGACUUCUUGAGGCAGUUGAGAUGGAAGAUGACGACUUCACAGCCUCUCUGUCAAAGCAGAGCUGCAUUACCGAACAAACCCAGUAUUUCUUCGAUAACGAUAGUAAAUCAUUCAGCGGUGUAUUAGACUGUGGAAACUGUUCCAGAAUCUUCCACGUAGAAAAACUUAUGAACACCAACUUAAUAUUCAUAAUGGUUGAGAGCAAAGGGACUUGUCCCUGUGACACACGAUUGCUCAUACAAGCAGAGCAGACUUCUGACGGUCCAGAUCCUUGUGAUAUGGUGAAGCAACCCAGAUACCGAAAAGGACCUGAUGUCUGCUUUGAUAACAAUGCCUUGGAGGAUUAUACCGACUGCGGGGGUGUUUCUGGGUUAAGUCCCUCCCUGUGGUCCAUCAUCGGAAUCCAGUGUGUACUACUUUGGCUUUUAUCUGGCAGCAGACACUACCAGUUAUGACCUUCUAAAACCAAAUCUGCAUAUUAAACUCCAGACCCUGCCAAAACAUGAGCCCUCCAUUGCAUUAAAAGAGGGUCAGCUGUGGAAUCAGCAGAUCACUAGCUCAGCCCAUCCCGUGGCAUCACUCUAAGACACAGACUCUUAAGGCACCCGCUGGCUGCAUGUCAGGGUGUCAGAUUGUUAAGUGUGAACCCUGCAUCAUCUAUAUAUAACAUCAAAGCAAAAUACUAUACAUGCUCUCUAUCGGAAAAUUUGAGAAUUUGUUAUUGCACUGUUGGUGAUUACAUGUAAAGGGCUCCCCACACAGUUGUUUAUGAAUCAUACAAAUUAUCUUGAUUUUGACCUGGAAUUCUGACUUGCUGCAAUCCUUGUUCUUUUACCAAGAAAAUCUCUAGGAGAAAAGAAAGAGUUAUUUUUUUCCUUCACUUAUUCUUCUGUUCAAAAUUAUUUCCUGCUUUGAGUAAUUUUAUUGAACACAUACAUAGAGAGAGACAGAGGGAGAAAGAGAAUUAACAUUGGUGUAAUCUGUCAAACUAGAAAUUAUGGCUUAUUUUCUACGAAACCAAUUGCCAUGAAUAAAAUGCCUUAUGAAGAAUGGCUUCUCUGCCAGAAAUAUAACACAAAUGAUGACCAAGUUUUGGUGGGGUAAUUAAUUGGUUGUUUGAAAAUCAUAAUUAAGAAAUUAAAGGUGCUUGAGGGUAGAAUUAAUAUGCGACAUAUUUCCUCAUAAAUGUGAGCCCUUAAUAAACGCUUUGAUGUAAUGUUCUUUUUGUUCACAGUAAAGUUCUGUAGUGCUAGCCAGAUAUUUCAAAAUGCUCUAAGGAAAGCUUGUUGGGGGGAGGGGAAAUGUUUUUUCUUGUGAUAAAUGAACUUUGGUUACCAAGGGUAUUUUGCAUGAUGCUGCUGCUAUUUUAACUUUCGGUUUGUUUUUCUCUUACUGUAGAGUAUAGUCCAUUGAAAAGUUAACUGAGUGACAUUAUUGUUAUGUAAGAAUCUGAACCUUGCAAUGUAAUGCGCUUAAGUCAUCUUUUAAAAUGUCGUUAAACUACUCUGAAUAUACUGUGCAGUGUAAAUGCUGAAUGAUUGGAUUAGGUACAUGGUGAAAUGGGAAUUAAUGGAUUUUAUACAGAAUCGUGCUUUUGCCUGAAAACCUAUGUACAGAUAUUUUAAGUACAUAAAUCAGAUUUGACACAUUUAUUUUUUGAAGAGUACAUGUAUGUUCUCAAUGAAGAUUCAUCCUAGGUUUCCUCUUCGUUCGCUGGAAUAGCAGCACGUACAAUCCCAAAUUUGCUGCUGCUGCUGCUUUUGUUCCCUCUGUUUUAAAUGGUAUGAUCACUUGACCAAAAUUUCCACACAGUUUGAUGAGGGUUUUACAAUAAUCUGAACAAAUAGGAAACCUUGAAUCUAUAUGUAUGCACACGAAUACUUGAUUGUGAAUAAUCAAAAUUGUUUUUAUACAGCCUCAUUAGUGAAAAUGGUUAGUGUAGUAAAUCAGAUAUUUCAUUAUAGAGUAAUAUGGUAGCAGAAUUUACUUAUGCUUUUAAAGAUUAUUUUCAGGGGUAAACAGUACUUGAAGAAAGGGUAAAAACAAUGAAUGUGUAACUCUAAUUAUAGGGAAUAAUUCUGCUGAAGACUGCAACUAUGCAGAUAUUUUAAAUUGUAAAAUGCAUUUGUUCUUUUUUCAAACAUGCCACAUAUUGGUGUGUGUCUAUGCUGGAAAUUUUCUUAUAUACCAUUUUUAAGUAAAAAUCUUAUUAACAUUAUCCGGCAUGCUUUAAUAUGCUUCAUAUAUCAAAGAUAUAACCAAUUCUUUAUCAUAGUUUAAAAGGUCUAUUUGUUUUGUUUUUAGCUUUGCAUACAUUUGUAACUUCCUCCACCACCAAUAUACCCUAGGUACCAUUUGUGUACAUUUCCUUAUUUAAAAUAUUUUUUUAUUUAAAAAUGGGGGGAGGGGAAAAUGGACUCACUUUGCCAACUAUUGUUCUAAGAGUUGACAUCAGUUACCAUUUCUAAUGCAUUGUUGUGAUUUUGUAGUCUCAUUUGUAACUGGUAUUGACACUUUAGAAAACACCAAAGUGAUUUAAAAAAAUAUGGAACUUCUCACUCUAGUAACAACAUGUUUAAAUCAUGUUGUUUCUUAAUUAAAUAUUUAAAACUUAUUGUUAACUUCUGCUAGACUAUUUUAAAUCAUGAAAGUGUUGGGAAGGGGAUAUCGAAAUAUACAGUUAUGUUAGUUUGUGUAUAUAAACGACGCACAUUUAAACAACUGAAUUGCUUCCAGCAUACAACAGACUACCUUAAAAUUAUCUUUUAAAUCUAUUAAAUCUAUUUUCAUGGCUAAUGUUACUGAAAUAAUGUUUUCAUCAACUACAUUGUUGUCGUGUUAAUCACAGUUAAACUUGGCAUCUCUUGGCAGGGUCCUAUUUGACUUCACUUGCCAUCAAAGUAUAUUUUCAUGCACGAGUCUUGCCGUGAUCCUUUGUUUUCUUUUAUAAAAUAAACAUAUAUUAUAACAACCACACAUACAUUAAUAAAUUGGGCAAGAACAUGCUCUCUGAACAUUAACUACACAUACGUUCAUAAAUUGGGUAAGAACAUUGUUCUCACGCCUAAUACUAGUCUUCGUGCAUUUGGUGUAAUUUUUUGAAAGACAGUAACACUCAUUGCAUCCAAUUGUUAUCUUUAAUUUAGGAUUUUUCUGUGAGUUCUAAUUGUUGACAAGAACUUAAAUUUCAGCCUGUUAUAUAUACUGAUUUUCAAAGACUAAACAGUACAAGAGAUCAAGAAAAAAGCUUUUAAACCCCUUUUGCUUACUUAAUUUUUGCUAUGCUCAUGCAGCUUAAUGUAGUUUGUCACUAACAGAAUCAAAAGUCUUGCAUUGCUGUUGAAUAACAGGAAUGAACUUUGCAUUAAUGGUUUGCUUAUAUUUCUUCAUUUGAACAACCAGCAUUACUGCCAAACACCAAUUGUGGUCCAUAUUUGUAACAGGUUUUUAACAUGACAUAGUUAGCAAGUUUGAUUGAAGAGACUUUUAGGUCCUGGGCCUAUAAGAUUUUAGUAUGAUCUUUUUUCAUGUUUCUAAUGCUUGACGCGUCAUUGCUUAACUUGGAAAAAACAAGACAGUGUUGCUGCCAUUUGUAAGUUUUCCUAUAAUAUUCCUUUUAUUAACUUUAAAACUGGCCUUACGGGGUUCAAAUAGGCAGUAUCCCUUUUAAGUGACCUUUGCAACCCAAGUGUUACUUGCUUAUUUGAUGCUCUCUUGUAUCUUACAUCUCAUUUAAAUCUUUCUCUCCACCAAAGCUUAAAUUCUAUGUCUUAAUUUAAAACUCUGAACUAUUCCAUUAAUCAUGUUAGUUGACAUUAAAGUGUCUAGAGGUACAGAGUCUGACCUAGUGUAACAAAAUGGAUGUUGUGACUUUUUUUUAAGCGUAGCAUGGAAUGAUGGUUUAACUUGCCCACAGUUUCAAAUAUUUUACAAUUAUCUGGAAUGUGUGUUGCUUUCCCACAGCAGAAUGUUAACAUUGCUGUUAUUCCAUGUACAUUUCUGUAAAGAGCAAAUCAGUAAAGAAGUGUGAAGUUUCUUGAUUUCUUGAAAAAAUUCCAGAAUCUCAAAGUCUUAGACAACCCUUACCAAGUCUCAUCUACUUUAUUUCUAGUUCACAAGGUUAACUCAAAGAAAUUCCACUGAGACUAAUGGGAUACUGCCUUGAAUAGAUGCCAAUUGAGUUUACAGUGUGACCUGACAAAGCUGUCUGUUUUGUUGUGCCGUAUGCUGUUGGAUCAUACUAUUCAGGAUACUUUUAUUGAAGUGUUCAGUGUGCAUCCAUGCAAAAGGCCAAGUGGCUUUGUGAACAAAAGAUCUUUUCUCCCCUUUAUUAUGUUCUCGACACUUUUGUGGAAAUUAGCCUGAUAAAAAUGUUUUGUAAAAAUUUGUAUAUUACUGUUAUAAAAAUAUUUAUAAUCCCAGAAAAUGUUGUGUUAAAUCCUGUGCAAAAACAGUAUAUUCAGA